CACCUUCGCUCACGCCGGUAACACCACUGCCACGGAGACAACGAGGGAACAUGCCGUCUUUCCAAACGUAAUGCUUUACGCAUCCCUCCAAUAUCGUCAAUAGACAUCAACUAAAAGGAGCAGGAAACUGCAGCGCAAGUUCGUUUGACGUACCCAGGUGCACACAACGCGACCCAAAAAUGAGCCCUUUGGAUUUGGUCAACAACACGGAUCCAGGCCAGGUGAGAUGGGACAACAACCUCUCCCGCUACGGAGAGUUCUUUUUGGGCAACGACAGCCAGGAUCUCAUCAGGCCCACCUUCAGCGACGACAUCACCAAGCUCCUGCUCGUCCAGGUGGCGCUGAUCGCGGCCUACUCGCUCAUCAUCGUCCUGGGCCUGGUGGGCAACACGCUGGUCAUCUACAUGAUCAUCCUCUACAAGAACAUGCGCACCGUCACCAACUACUUCAUCGCCAACCUGGCGCUGGCCGACCUGAUGGUGGACACCAUCUGCCUGCCGUUCACGCUGGCGUACACGCUGCUGGACGAGUGGAAGUUCGGCGCGGUGCUGUGCCACCUGGUGCCGUACGCGCAGGGCCUGAGCGUCCACGUGUCCAUCCUGACGCUGACCGUCAUCGCGCUGGAGCGCUACCGCUGCAUCGUCUUCCACCUGGAGCGGCGGCUGUCGCGGCGCACCAGCUUCGCCAUCAUCGGGCUGACGUGGGCGGCGUCGGCCGUGCUGGCCGGCCCGCUGGCCAUCUUCCGGGAGUACCGGCGCGUGGAGAUCCCCUCCAUCGGCCUGCGCAUGGCCGUGUGCUCGGAGAAGUGGCCCAACGGCACCAACCGCGACGCCGUCAUCUACUCGCUGGCCAUGCUGCUGGUGCAGUACGUCAUCCCGCUGGGCGUCAUCAGCUACGCCUACGUGUGCAUCUGGGCCAAGCUGCGCAACCACGUCAGCCCGUCCAGCCGCGGCGACAGCCUCCACCGCCGCCGGAAGACCACCAAGAUGUUGGUGCUGGUGGUGCUGGUGUUCGCCCUGUGCUGGCUGCCCUUCCACGUCUUCCAGCUGGCCAGCGACCUGGACCUGCUGCUGCGCUUCAAGGAGUACAAGCUGCUCUACACCAUCUUCCACAUCGUGGCCAUGUGCUCCACCUUCACCAACCCGGUGCUCUACGGGUGGAUGAACAAGAACUACCGCAACGGCUUCCUCAUGUUCUUCCGCUGCGAGCACAAGCCCGACACCAUCCACCCAGAGGGGUCCUUCAAGACCCGCUCGCAGAGGGGCCUGAUUGUGAACGGGCACCACGGAGGCCGCCACGGCGGCCACCGGCCAACUCCCGUGUGAAAACGGCUGAACUCGUCGUGAACUUCCAACGUGUGGAAGCACCUAUGGAGGGUGCCAAGUAGGGCUAUUUAUUUUUGAGCAAGUGCCAUAUGGUCUGUGAGUUUGCUGAAGGUACCCUCUUGGCAUCAAAGGCAUAUAAAGAAUGAAUGAGCAGCUGUGUGUGUUGGCAACAAGCUGUCUACAGCUAAUUGUCUAACUUGGAGGGGAAGCAUCUUCCUCGUUACACAACAAAUCGUUUAAUUUCCAUGCCAGUAGGUACUUGAGGGGAUAUGCUGUCAUUUUGUGUACAAGGUGUACAUUUUAGAGUUUGUCUGCCUCAAAGGAGGUGCAGUCUAACAGAAAAAAAUACACACUGGGGUUCAAUUCUGGUGUAUUGGCAGAAUAUGAAUUUUUGUGUUGCCUAUAUUCUAGUUCCAAGUUCAAUUAUGGGACGGAAGACAACACCUAUUUGGAUUUCUAAUCAUUCUAACCAUAAUGUAAUAAAAUCAUCAUUAAAUGGUACAACGUUCUGCCAAAUCCAAUAAACUGCCGCUAAAAAAUCAUUCUAUAAUAUCAAGAUAUUGCACGUGCAUUCAUUUAUAUACAGUAUGGUACAUUUAAUGCAUUGAUGGCAGACGUGCAAACACAAGAGAAAUGCACAGAUAUCUAUAUAAAUAUGAAUAUAUCUAUAAAUAUGUUGUAUUUUAACGUUACAGUUGUGUGUGUUCUUCAGUCAGGGAGCUGAAUAAUGCCUCAUGUGUGGCUCUGUUCAGCAUAUCAAAUGUGAUGAGACUGCUGUGGUGGCAGUGACAGGAUCUGACAAAUUGACUAUAUCUUCUUAUGAAUGUCAUCAAAUCGCUCUCUGAUCUCUCUGUGUGUGUGCGCGCGCGCACGUGUGUGUGUGUGUGUGUGUGUGUGUGUGUGUGUGUGCGUGCGUGCGUGUCAUCUGCUGGAGGAAACAACAUGUGCCUCUGUGUUAUAUAUCUCUUUAUUGUGAAGCAUUCCUCCAUGUGCCCUCCCAGCUGUCUGUGUGA